CUCCCCCUCCCGAUGAGCACGGGAGUCGCAGCGACACAAUGCCAACAACUUGCAACUCCCCCAGUUGUAAUGACGCGGCGAAGCUCGCUGAGCCCGAGAGUCACGACUCAAAAAAGCCAGCGGCCACUGACAACAAGAACGCUGAGGGCACCCUGCGGAAAAUAAGGAGGCUGUUUGAGUACCUCCGUGAGGCGUCUCUCAAGGACACCAGCAAGCGUGGAAUAAGUGAGGACCCCGCUUGGGAAGAGUUGGAAGCGGCCUUGGACGAGAACUCGUUCUCUACAUUGGAAUCGGCCAGUAGAGAUUUGCAGUCCCAUCAGCGGCGCGAAGAGUACGAAGAAUGGUUUGAUCAUCUGCAAGAAGAGAUCAAGAGACGUGACUACGUUAUUCGCAGCCAGCGAGCCGAUCUGAUCAACAAGGACAACAAGAUUCGCGAUCUGGAGCUUGAGAUUACCGCCUACCUCGCGGACGACUGUCGCAGACGAGCUGUCGAGCCGCGAAGCAGCGGCAGAAAACGCGGAGGAGAAGGCGACAGGUAUCCCUUGCUAUUCUUUUCUUUGAAAUCACACAGCUAACCUGCCGUCCAGCUCAACUCCAAACCCCUCCGAUAUGCCAGUGAAGAAACGCGCGAAACGGGUCGUUUUGUGCAUCCGAUGCUAUCAACUCGAGCUGCCAUGCGACCAUGGGAUUCCUUGCAAAUACUGCGAAGUAGAUAAGGAGGAGUGUAAGCGGUCCAAGUGCGCGCACUACAAGGAGGGACAAUGCAAACGCCAACAAUGUUCUCGGGCACAUGCGGACGAUAAAUUUCCUCCAAAGCAUUUAGUAAACUCCCGCCAUUUCUCGAAGUUGACUCAUAAGAAACACGUUGAGAAGGAUACAGGGGACUCCGGCGCCGCGGACGACGAC